GUUUGGGGACCACAGGAUUUCAUCUCUGCUUUUUGCAGAUGAUGUUGGCUCCUUCGAGCCAGGACCUAGAGCAUACACUGGGGUGGUUUGCAGCCAGUUGUGAAUCGGCUGGGAUGAGGAUCAGCACCUCAAAAUCCAUGGCUAUGGUUCUCGACCGGAAAAAGGUGGUUUGUCCCCUCCACGUUGGAUGGGUGUUCCUCCCUCAAGUGGAGGAAUUUAAGUAUCUUGGGGUCUUGUUUACAAGUCAGGGAAGAAUGGAGUGGGAGAUUGACAGAUGGGUUGGUGCAGCGGCAGCAGCAAUGCAGUCUGUGUACCGGUCUGUUGUGCUAAACAAGGAGCUGAGCCUAGGCUCUACUCUGAGCCUUCCUAUUCUCACUUAUGGUCAUGAGCUUUGGGUCAUGACCGAAAAGACAAAAUCCCGGAUACGAGCGGCCGAAAUGAGUUUCUUUCAUAGGGUGGCGGGGCAUUCUCUUAGAGAUAGGGUAAGGAGCUCUGUCACCCGGGAGGAGCUUGGAGUAGAGCCGCUGCUCCUCCACAUCGAAAGGGGCCAGUUGAGGUGGCUCGGGCACCUGUUUCGGAUGCCUCCUGGACGUCUCCCAGGGGAGGUGUUCCGGGCAUGCCCCACUGGGAAGACACCCCAGGGAAGACCCAGGGCAUGGAGGGACUUGUCUUUCGGCUGACCUGGGAACGCCUUGGAAUUCCCAUGGAAAAGUUGGAGGAAGUGUUUGGGGGAGGGAAGUCUGGGCAUC